GCAGAUCCGGGUCUCGUGGCGCGGGCUGACGUGUGAGCCGGCCCGGAGCAGCGGGCCGAGCCGCCGGGGCCGCUCUGCCAGCCGCGGCCGCGCAGCCCUCCGCAGCCCCCGAGACGGCGCCCGGAGCACGAAAAUCCAGUCAGUCUCCAGUGGCUGUCUUCCAGGUCACCAGUUUGUGGGUAUAGGGACUGUUUGUACCAGCUGAACAUCCUUAUCUGUGCUAAUCGGUAUUCACAAUCAAGUUCUGGUUUAUCCAGAGAAUCAUGGCAGAAGGUGGAUUUGAUCCUUGUGAAUGCAUUUGCUCACAUGAACAUGCAAUGAGAAGACUGAUAAACCUGCUGAGACAGUCACAGUCAUACUGCACAGACACAGAAUGCCUUCAGGAAUUACCAGGACCAAAUUCCUCCAGUGACACUGGCAUCAGCUUUGCCAUGAUCAUGAUGGCCUGGGUGGUGAUUGCACUUGUCUUGUUCUUACUGAGGCCUAGUAAUCUGAGAGGAUCCAAUACAGCUGGAAAGCCAAGCAGUCCACACAAUGGACAAGAACCACCGGCCCCACCCGUGGACUAGAGCUUUCAGUAUUGGAAAAGUUCAGCAGCUAAAACCUUGCACGACCAAAUGAACGAAGUGACCAGAUUAUUCCUAAACCCCAUUCAGUGCAGUUUCCUUUUCUCAUUCACAUAAAGCAGAAUUAUCAUUCAGCAGUUAUCUUCAUGAACUGCUUUUAGCUACUUAAAUUUUAAGUUAAUUUUUGCUUUGUAUGUAAUUACCAUUUCUAGUAGGUGAUAAUUUGAUUAAAUGAUAAGGCGUUACAGGGGUUUUUGGUUGUUGUUGUAACUGUGGAUGUUCCACUUAGCUUCUUUCUGUUACAGCGAUCUUAAUUUCUUUGCAGUGGUUUCUGGUAUUCAUUGAAGGAAAGUGAAAAUCCCUGUGCAUCUAUAAAAAUGGAAGGUUAUUGAUCGUUCUUCAGAUUAAUCCCUGUUUUUUCUCCAGUAUAUUUUCGGGAGUUAUGUUAUGGUUGCAAUCAUCAGUUUAGUGAUGUGGUCAAAAAAAAAAUACUUUGUAUUUGCCCUCAGUUCAGAGCAGCUUUUAGUCAGUUCAUCAGACCACUAACAUAACUGACAUAGCUUUCAGGGUUGUUGGCAAAAGUAUGGAUUGUCCACUAGAAUUAAAGUACGUGUGUAUGUGUACAAAGAAGUGAAUGUGAUAAUCCACUGUCAAAGCCUUUGCAUAUAUGUUGGGAACUUUACACAAGAAAUUAUACCACCAAAAAUGAAAUUAACUUAAUCUUUUCAUUAAUAAAUGAUAUAUCUUAUUCAAUAUAUUGUCAAAAACAAUUUAUUCCAAAAACUAAUUAGUUUACUUAUAGAUUUUAUGAAAAGAGAAAUCUAGUGACAAGAACUUGGUAGAAUUUUCUGUCCUGGAUAUAGCCUUUUAAUAAUUAGUAUCUUAACAAAUAUUUAGCCAUGAUGUAAUGGAGAGGAUGAAAUCAUACCAACAGGUUACCAGCUUCUGAAAUACCAUACAUGCUGGAUGUUCAGGUAUUUUCACCUGUAUGUUAUCAGCAAUUCUUAACAUUUCAUCCUUAUUUACUGGUUGCAGUUGUAGAAUAACAAAAUUGCAGGUGGCAUAUAGGGCAUGUAUUUUCCCUCUAAUAUUUGUGUGUGUGUGGUGUGUUUGUUUGUGUUUCUGUGUAUGUGUGGCUGUGCACGUAUCUGUGCACAUCUCCCAUUUUAGCAAAUGGGAAUUAAUUUUUUAUGUACAUUAAUUUAAGGACAUUUUAAAGAUGUACAGAAAAGUGACACUGUAUAUUUUUCUUGAUUAAUUUGAAAAAAAAAUGAUGAGAAUAAUGUAAAGAGCAUUUUUAUGUUACCAACAUGGAGCUUCUUUCUUUAAAGGUCAGUAGAACAGGCAUAUGGGAAUUCAAAGCCUUGCUCUACAAACCUUUAUUUCAUGAAGAUUUUCGUUAUGGAGCUAAAGGGACUAACUGUUCACAUGCAUAAAGGUUUGUAUUAACGGGCUCUAACAAAAUCGUACGUUGGAUCCCAUGGUUGAUAGACACAGGAUGUUCCUCCUCAGGGUAAAUGACAGGUCAGCUAAGCCUCCUUGUAAGGGUACAACAUAGACCUGAAGAAAGGCUUCUGUAAUUUGACAUAAUUGCCCAUUGAAUUUCUGUGGAACAGUAUGCUCCCAAGCAAUACGUAGGAGCACGUGUUAAAAAAAAAAAUUAAGAAAAGUGGGCCAGAUGCUCUCAGUCACAUCAGUGCAAUGCCACGUAAGGCGGUGGAGUUGCAGCCGAGAAAUUGAGAGCAUCUGUCCUACUAUGUCUAAUGGUGUACAGGCCACAAACACUGUGUGAAGACGUCACUGGGACAUGCAAUCUGACUGUGCUUGUUUUUUGCCUUCCUUGUAUAUUUGUAUUGGGGAUUUUUUUGAACAUUUUGAACGGAGUAAGUAAUACGGAAUCAUUUUGUUGAACCAAGAAGAAAACAUGAAUAACCUACUACACUGGCCUUUUCACCAAGAACUUUUGGCUACAAUUCUUCACUAUUGGAUGCAUAAAACAAGCUUUUCUAAAUGAUUAAAUAACCAACUAAAAAAGGCUUCAUUUCGGGCAGAGGGAGCCGUUCCUGGUCCUGUUGAAAUCCGUGAGAUUUACAGCAGAUGUUCCUCACUUCUAAGGAUCAUUCUUGCUUUACUUAAAUAUUUGUGUAGGUAUUUAUAGAACUUAUCAUGUGCACCCAGCUCUAGCGGUCUUGGCCAAUGAACUUCUUGUUCAGAGAAACGUUGAUUUUUACGUUUAAAUAAGGUGUCUUUGCUUGAAAUUCCUCUAAGUAAUUGUCCCAGUGAUUUUAUACAUGUAUGCUUUCCUCAUGUAAAUUGCUGUUUUAAAUUUUCUAUGUAAAAGAAGAACAUUGGAAACAUUUUAUUGUAAAAUGUUUUACUGAAGAGCCAGGUCACUAUCCCACACCAAAAUGUAUGCCUUUUAAAUUCAGAGAUACUCUCUUCAGGACAUAACCUUCAGAUCACCACUCUUUAAUGAAAGUAAAAGUAACUAAUUAUAGGACUGUAUUUUGCCACUCUUAUUCAUGUUAAAUAGUGCCUUACUCAUCAAGUAGUUGCACUGAAGUUUGUGGGACUACUCUGAGAUAAUGUACUAGUAGCAGCUUUAGUAAGGGUGGCAGAAAUCUGGCCUUUAGUGAUGUAGUUUGCGAUGAAAUAAUUGUAUCAUGGUUGCAGAUGUUUAUGGUAAAUUUUGAAAAGAAGUGUGGAAAAGAUUAGCGGGAUGUGAAGCUUCAGGAUAUGAUUAAUUGUGUAAUAAGGAUUUUAAGCUCACUAAGAGACAAAUUGUAGCAACUUGGGAAGUACGGAGGACAGUUUACAAUUAUACUUUAGCUUAGAACUUUGUUGAAACAAUAGUAUUUUUAGAGUAUGCUUAACACAAUUAUUAUACUCUGAAAUGAGAAAUCAUAUGUAUUCAUGUAUUGUCUGCAGAUCACUUAGCCUUGUAAUGAUCAGUAUUGAAAAAGGAAGGUGACGAUGUGAUGUACCAAAUGUAAAUUGGUGGUUUAAAAAUGUCUGAAUUAUGCCAAACAAAAAUAAUCUGUGCCAUUUGCAGUUUCCUAGUAAUCUUUUACUGAGUACUUGGAUUGGGAUAAAGGGCUUGUACUAUGCACUUUUUAUUGACUUAACAAAAUAAAUAGCAAACAUUAGUAA